AUGGAUAAACCCUCUGCUCCGGAUGCUGGUGCAGGCGACCCAGCUCAUCCCCGCAAACGCCGGAGAAAGACGUUCUCUGGUUGCUGGACAUGCCGAGCGAAGCAUGUCAAGUGUGACGAGGCCAAGCCGGCCUGCAUGAGAUGCGAGCGGGCCGGUGUGAGGUGUGAAGGCUACGGCAUCCGAUUGUCGUGGACCUUCCUGCAGGAUCCAUCCAACUUCCGGCCGGGAAAGUCGCCCUUGAGAGGGCAUGCCAACAGACAGACGAAUGAUGUUGGCCCCAAUGCCACCCCGUCUGCUACGAACAGUGCCUCUCCCUCCAACUCUAACUCCACUCCCUCUGCCCAGACUCUCGAUGUGCCAAAUCCCGUUCCUCAGGCUCACAAUCACAGCAGUGACGCUGACACGCAAAACUGGGGAAACGAUGCUCCUCUACCGCAAGUCGCUGGUCGCCAUACUCGUGAUGACCAGGCCAUUGUGUCAACACCAAUAGGGCAGGCCACAUCCAUAAGAGACCAGCAAAACCCUGAACCAGCCAGUCUACCUUCUCCGGGUGAGGUGCCAAGCCAAUGGGACAACACUGGGGGCUCUUCAACUACAUCUCCGUGGAAUGCCCAGCAGCACUCUAUCCAAGACGGCGUCCUCGCAAGAGUAGAGCAAUCAGCUACUAUUCACAGUACCGAGCUUCCGUAUAAUGACAUCUCUUGGCUCCCCAAUUGUCACCGGAGCGCUUCCCCCGACUUGGCGCAGGUGGACCGGCCAGGUCUGAGGCAUCUGGAUACUCUCCCCGACCCAGCACGUCAAUGUAAGCUUCUUGAGCACUGGACACUGCUCCUGUGUGACCUCUUAGCUCCCGUUCCUGGCAUCCACAACCCUCUCCGGACCAUCUUCAUGCCCUUGGCCCUGGAGGGUGCCCGUGAAGAUGCCAACAACUCCACGGGGUCCGUCGCUCUCUUCCACAUGAUCUGCUCCGCCUGCGGCUUUCACUUGUCCAGGACGGAGACCAGCCCCGAGUCGAGGAGGAUAUACGGCAAUCUCGGUCUGGAGCAUCAUAAUCUGGGGAUUGCCCACCUCAGUCAGAAUAUACGCUCCGACGACAAGAAUCAGCACAUCUCGAUCCUCGCCUCCCUAAUCAUGUGCCUAUACACCGAGACUAUUACCGUUCACAAUCCUUCAUGGCGUCUGCACAUCCGAGGUGCGGUGGAAUGGGUCAACCAUACCGGCCUCGAGUUCUGGCACCAGACAGAGUCAGCCUCCAUCAUCUACCAAAUGUUCAUCUCAAUGGCCAUCUUGAUCCAGUCCCAAAUCCUUCCCGGAGAUCGAAGCGGCUACGGGUGGAAUCUUCGGUACGACCUGAAGAGCCAGCCGCAGCCCUACAUGCUUGAAUCCAUCUACGGUAUAUCGCAACCCAUCCUGCAAGUGAUCCACGCCAUGAACAUCAUCCAGCAAAAGGCGCAGCAAACAGCAGAAAGCCCGGCUUCGACACAAACGAGCGACGUCUUGACCUUUGAUCUCGAUCGCCUGGAGCUGGAACUUCUCCUCAUGACACCUCGCAAGCCCCCCUCGUCAAUGAGCCAUGAGAACGGGCAGCUCAUGUAUCACCACGGCUACACAUACUAUUACGCUGCGCUCAUCUACCUUCGCCGUACGAUGAAGGCCGUCCCUGUGGAGGAGGUGCAGGGGCUCGUGAAGCAGGCUCUGGAGCACAUCGAGGCGUUGGAAACCGUCACCCCGCAGAUCUGCUUGCCGCUGCUGUGGCCACUUGCCAUCACCGCGUUUGAGGCGCAAGACUCCCAGCAGCAGCAGCGGAUGCUGAGGUGUAUCGAUUUCUUUGGCGUCAACACGAGGAUGGCACAGUGGGAGAGGUUUGGUUCGUCUGUCCGUGGACUGUGGGCACAGCGGCAAAAGACGGGAGAUGUCAAUCUAAGCUGGCAUGCGUACUCGCCUGUAUUUUAUCAGAAUUACAUGCUCAUCUAG